GUGUAGCCGUAGAACGUUGUCCCAGAGUCGGGCGGUCUCUCAGGUCUCAGUCGGUGACUCGAUUGGCCUCGGACAACUCGGUGCUACAACAACUGAAAAAUUUUAUAAUAAAUUUUUAUUUUAUUUAAUUAUUUAGAGCGAAGAGAAAUCGCGAUCGGGCAGGGGGUGGACAGCACUUGGAUUUCUCCUGGGGAAACGGAGCGAUUUAAAAUCGCAACGGUUGUGCAAAUUUCGACGGAUUUAAUUGUUGGUGAACGUCAAGUACAAUCGGACGACCGUCAACUUAUAAUAGAAAAAGGGGAACAUUAGGGAGAGGGGAAGAGUGUUCAUAAGUGUCUUUAAUUUCAUAUUCUGGUCCGGAGUUGGCGAGUAGAUAUAGGGGAUCAUGUCUGGCACGAGAAAUUGCAUCUGACGGAAAAACAAAUUAUUGGUGACGGAUUUUUUCAACAGAUAAGUGGACAGGAAAGAAUGAUAUAUUAACGUGAAAAUAGAAAAGGUGAAAAAAUGAAAGCUGUGGAACAACAACAACCCAAUUCCAUGGACUCCAGUGACUCAGUUAAUGGGGGCAGUGAGUAUGCGUAUCGUCCUCUUACAACGAAACACAGACGUGCCGGAAGUACCGGUACUACAGGCGAUGAAGAGUACACCACUGAUGAAGAUGAGAUGUAUCCGGAUGAGGCUGAUUGCGCUGGAAUUUCUCAUCAUCAGCCCAACCCUAUUUUAAAGUCUGAUCUUGCACGUGCUGCUACGGAUUUAUUUGGAUACUCAGCCAAAGGAGAGGAUGAGGAACCUACCAGUUUGUUUGAUGAGGAUGAGAACAAUGUUCGUCCACACAGCUCACAGAAUGGUUCAUCAUCCCACUUCGUGUACAACGACAAACCAUUUUGUCCGAAGGCUUCUCACUCACCUUCGGAAGACCCUCAAAGGCCCAUUAAUCUUCGUAAAAAUGAGGACACCGAUAAACACAACGAAGUGCUCAACAACGAUUCAAAUGCCUGUGACUUGAUCCGCGUAAGCAGACCCUUAUCACUGGCACUGCCAGGUCAUAACUUAUCAGAACCAGUUGCAACGAUGGCGACGACCUACGAGACCAUCUCCACGAACCUCGGUAAUGCAAAACCUCUAGCCGGCAAUGAGCCAACUCUAACAUCUGCCGAACGUAAUUGGGAGAAAACUGUUGCCGAGGUGAAGGAGCACGCGGUAACGAAACUCGAAGAGGAACUCAAGAAAGCUCAUGAGGAACUCAAACUCAAGGACGAAGAGGUGACGCGAUUACUACGAUUCAGACAGGAUGUGGGAAGUGAAUUGGAGGAACUGACGGCUAGUCUCUUCCAAGAGGCCCAUAAUAUGGUCAGGGAAGCCAAUACACGUCAGGCAACAGCUGAACGAUUGCUCGAGGAGAGUCGAAUGAAAGUCGAAGUUCUUGCGGCCGAAGUUGUCGCUCUCAAAACUUUAGUUCUGACUUCAACUCCGGCUCAACCGAAUCCCCAUCUUCAUCCGCAAAUCGAUAACAGAUGUGCCGUCAGGUGCAAAUCAACUAGCUCCGCUGAUGAUGUUGGUGGCAGUGGUGGAAUCUUCACGAAGAAGCACCGAAGAUCCCCCUCCCACAUGAACCUCAAGUACGGAAGGGAAAAUUCCCCUCCGGAGUCACCGGUUAAGGAGCAGAAGCCAAUUUUUUCAACAGCUGCACAUCACGAAGUGCACUCCAACGACAAUUCUCUAGGUUCUAGACAGUUUCGGGAGAAAGGAGAUGUCAAAGAGACUAGAGAUUCGGAGAGAGACGAUUGUGAACGAGGGGGUGAGGGGGAUCGUAUUACCAGUAAGGACGGCCAGAGCGAUCUGGGAAUGGAGAUUGAUCCACGUUUGCAAUCCGAAUUCCUCACCUGGAAAGCCAAUCCUUGCUUGAGCCAAAGUGAUGCAUUUGUCGGGAGGGUCUUCAGGGAGGAUAUCGAUCUCUGCCUGGACUUUCCUAAUUCAGAGCUCGGUGUGAGGGUGCGAGAGGCUGUUCUUGGGGGGGUUAUUUUCAUCGAGGCAAUCAGUGACAAGGUCAAGCAGGGAUUUCCACAGGAUUGUGCACUGCUGGAGGUGACAAGACAGUGUCAGCAUAGGAUGAGACUUGGGGAUCAUGAGAAUCAGUGGUACACGAUAUCCCAAGUCUGCAGGAAUCGGAUAACCGCAGUUUGUGAUUUUCUCAAUUAUCUUCGCUACGUUGAACGUGGCCUCGUCAAAAGUUCAAUGCAAGACGUCUACUGGGAAAUAGCACGAUUACGAAAGGAGAUGGUGCUCGCUCGACUCGGUCUCUCCCUGUCUUCAUAACUUCCAUUUUCUAGUCUGGAAUAAACAAAAUGGGUCAUCGCAACUCCCAUCAGCCGUUCAUAGAAUUAAUCUCGAAUUAUAAUGAAAAGCUCUCAAACUGUACAAUAGUGCAAUUUAAUAUAUUGAAGAUGAAGAUCUGAGACGAUAAUGUUCAUGUAUAAAAAUAACAUUAAGUAAUUUUAGGCUGUGAAUAAAUGAGGAUGUGAAAAAUAUGAGAUUACGAAUGCAAAGUACAUUAGUGACUAAAUGGUACAUUAUAUUGCUUUAACAUUUUUAAUGUUAUUUUUAACUGUCAUUUUAUCAUUGUUGUAAUUAAGAUCUUUAUCACGAAUACGAGAUCUGUUUUGCAGUAAUAACAAGAAUCGAAACUAUCGUAACAUCUGAAAUAUCUCAUUCUGUCAAUAAGUUCAUUCAGACUGUUAACACUUUGAUUUACAAUUAGUCUAUUGUCUUCCAUAUUUAAUAAUAAUCGGACAGUUAACAGUUCUUCCACUUGUAGAUCACAAUCACUAUCACAAAGUUCCGAAAUAAUUCACGAAUUCGGACGGAUGCACUAUCGUUAGAACGUGAUCCAAAUCGAUUAUUGGGUUCCAUUUUCAUCGAAAACUGGAAGAAUAACUUUUUAUGGAAUAAAAAUAUUCCAGAAAAAUUCUUUUAUUGCUGUCUCAAAGAAUCACAGGAAAACGAAAUUAUGAUAUUAUCCUUGUUUGUUAUAAAAUAUUGACAUAUUGUAUGAAAAAUCAACAUUUUAAUGGAUAAGAAAUUUCAAUUCGUUGAAGAUCGUCACAUAAUCGUCAUGUCAUGUUGGUGAUUAUUAUAUGAUGGAUCAUGUCUCCUCUUUUCGCAGUCAGAAAUGAUGUUUUUAUCAUAUGAAUUAUUUUAUCAUGUUAAUUGUUUUUAUCACAUGACUGUUUCGAUUGACGUAGAAGAACCUUUCAAUUGUUUAUGGGCAUUCAAUUCUAAUUUAAAUGACGACAUCCGUUUUUACUUCCAGAAUUACUUCCAUUUACUUGAUUGGGGGCUUCAUUUUCAUUACGAAGGAAUGAAAAUCUUCACAUAAAUGUGACGUCACCUAAAUUAGAAUUAAAUUCUAAUCAGCAAUUGAAAGUUACUCCUAAUUUAAUGGAAAAAGUGGAAACCGAUUCAUACAAGAAAUGCAACAGCUCUAAUUUCAACAAGAUUAGUCCUUUAUACAAGUCAGCAUUAACUUGUAAUAAUAGAUUUGAAAUUACGAGAAGGUGCCAUGAUAAACAAUCCUUUAAAUAGUAUCAUUACUCCUUCUUUCCAUAUUUUUAUUUGAUAACGAGAUCGAUUUUCAGCGCUGUAAUCAUGUCUUCCAGUUAUACUUGAGGAAAAAUCAUCGAAACAACAAUCGAAACAAAUGUAAAAUCCCUUCUUCAUAUAAUAAUAAUAAUGGAUUCAUUCAUAUUUACAAAAACACCCAUUCAACGUAUUUUUUUUCUAAACAAAUUCAUAAUUGUGAAGUGUUUCUGCGUGACGGCUAAUCGAGUUAAAUUUUUACUUAAAAAUUAACCAAAAUAAUCGAUCAUGAUCACAUUCUAAACAUAAGGGCCGAACCCGGGCCUCGAAUGAGCUGCAAAACCGCCAGCGAAUUAAUAAAUUAGUACAUGUCCUUUAUUUACGAUUAACGAUCAUUAUCAACUGUUGAUAUAAGUAUCCCCAGUGCAAUGUAUCAUAAAAAAUACCCAUGAUUGAAGGGGCGAUUAUUUUUGUAUUGUCAAAAAAAAAAUUGUACAUUGACAAAUAAAUAUCUGAGACCAUUCAA